UGAAGCUGUGUGAUGAAUGACCAAAACAACUGUGCAGGGAGCACUAUUUACUGUCAAAAACUCUGCUAAUUUAAUAUGGGGAUUACAAAAUUAGCGCAUUUAAUUCAUUUCGACGCACCAGCGUCAAUGCGCAGCAAAGAGAUCGGCGAUUAUUCUGGUAAGAUUAUCGCACUGGAUACAUCUAUUGUGGUGAAUCAGUUUCGUUCAGCUCUCCCCGGCCAUCUGAAACUAAGUCCUCUCGCUGGCUUGUUUUACCGCACUCUUGCUUUCCUGGAGCAUGACAUCAAGCCUGUCUUUAUACUUGAUGGAAAGCCUCCCAUUCAAAAGAAAGCUGUGCUGGAGAAAAGAGCUCAAAGCACAGGCUGGAGCAGCUCACAGAGCCCUAACACAGGGUCUACCUUUAAACAAGAAUGCCUUCGUCUCCUGCAUCUCAUGGGUGUGCCUUGUAUCAAGGCUCCAGGUGAAGCAGAGGCUCUGUGUGCCCACCUGGUCAAAAUUGGCACAGUUAAUGCUGUGGCCUCAGAGGACAUGGACACACUGGCAUUUGGGGGAACUGUUCUUCUCCGCCAGCUGAAUGCAAAGAGAGACAGUGAGAUCACAGAGUACUCCUUACCAAAGCUACUGGAAGCCCUACAGCUAAAUUACGAAGAGUUUGUUGACCUGUGUAUCUUACUGGGUUGUGACUACUGUGAUAAAAUUGGAGGUCUUGGGCCGAGUCGAGCUCUGAAGCUUAUUAAAGAACAUCAUACAAUAGAGGGUGUGAUGGAACAUGUCAACAGAAAGACGCAUCCUAUCCCUUUAAACUGGCAGUAUGAGGAUGCCCGCAAGCUGUUUUUCGAAUCCCCAAAGAUUGAUGACCCAGUCCUGGCCUGGAGUGAACCUGAUGAAGAAGGUCUUGUGCAGUUCCUGUGCAAGGAGAAACCUUUGAAGGAAGAAAGGGUGCGAGGACGCAUGAAGAAGUUUCGCGAGACUCUCUUAAAGAGACGGAAGCAGAGGGAAGUGAAUGAGAAAAUGGGCCAAACUAGACAAUCACGCCUUGAGGAUUUUUUCCCUGCCACGAGGAAAAGAAAGGCUGAAUCUGCUGCUGUUAAAGAAUCAAGUGGGAGAAAACAAUCCAAAAUUAAAUAAGACGGAACCCUGUGGAUCUUGGAUCUCGAAGCAUUGAUCAAACCAUCAUGUGGACAGAAGAGUCAAAUGUGUAAUGACUUGAAGCAGUUUGAAGUGCUUUUUUACUGAGUAUUUUGUUUUGUUCAAAUGGCAACAUCAUGUUAAAGCAGUGCCAAGAAAAUGCAUUUUUAAUUAAUGUUUGUAUCAUGUACAAAAAUGGUGCUAAUAUUUGAGAGCCUGUAAAAUUAGUGCUUAGAAAACAUCUUAAUUAAUGUUUGUAACAACAAAAAAGUAAACCUGUUUUUAUUUCUAAA